AUGUCCCUCUUCACGCGCCAGAUCUUGACUUUGACCCUCAAAAACCUCCUGGUUGCCUUUGUGCGCCGCUGGUUUACGACCACCGUCCGAGCAUUUCUCUUGCCCUGUAUCUUUGUCGGCUUUUUGUCCUAUGCACGCUACCUCUUUAUCCCACCCUCGGUCUAUGGCAUAGGUGAAGCUACUUCUGUCCGGAGUCUUCCAGAUGCACUUGAUCUCGUAUCCGGUGGUAGGGACAAGCUCGUCUUCGUCAAUAACGGCUUCUCAGGAGGUGCAAUAGAAUCAGUCAUCCAUCGAGUUGCAAACGACGCUGGCUCCUUUGGGGGCCGAGUCCAGAUAUUGAACAAAGAGGAGGAGCUAUUGACUGUGUGCAGGAACUCAAUCCGAGGGACAUCUACCUGCAUUGCUGGGGCCGUCUUCUUCGCGUCCCCUUUGGAAGGCGAUGGUGGCCGCUGGAACUACUCAAUCCGAGCAGAUGGUGGGCUGCAGAACAAGAUCGUGACUGACUCCUCCCGAAAUGAUGUCGAGAUCUACAUCCUUCCAUUGCAACAUGCCAUCGACCGGGCCAUCUCCGAACUUGAAGCUGACGAUGAUGGGGCCACUCCUAUCCCGACGCAUGUCGAGGAAUACCCAUAUACCUCCCAGACCAAGGCACAGCGGCAAGCUCAUAUUCGAACCAGAUACAUGGGCGGCAUCAUAGACAUCUUGGCCGUCGCCUUCUUUAUUGGGGUUGUUGGCGUCAUCUACCAACUUACUGGACUGAUCGCAUCCGAGAGGGAAAAUGGCAUGGCACAACUACUUGAUUGCAUGAUGCCCAGUUGCAAAAGAUGGCAACCUCAAGCGGCGAGGAUCAUUGCCAAUCACCUUGCAUUCGAUGUACUCUACGCGCCGGGUUGGAUCGUCAUGGCCGUGAUUCUUUCAGUGGGCGUUUUCACCAACACCUCCCCUGGUAUAGUGAUCAUCUUCAACAUUUUGUCUGGUCUGGCAAUGUCGUCGCUGUCGAUCCUCGGUGCAGCCUUUUUCAAGAAGGCCCAACUCUCUGGCAUUAUCUCGGUUAUUGUCAGCCUCCUCCUAGCCAUAAUUGCCCAAGUCGCAAGCAAAGCCGGAACAGCAUCCGUGGCAAUAUUGUCACUUCUAUUCCCGCCGAUGAAUUAUGUCUACUUCAUAAUCUUCAUGGCCCGGUGGGAAAAACAGGACCUUGGUACAAACCUGGUCGAGAGAGCCCCACAGAACACCUCAGCUUUGCCUGGUAUUGUCCUAUGGAUCUUCUCUUUGAUUCAGAUACUAGCCUUCCCUAUCCUUGGUGCAACUAUAGAGCGAUCGCUUUACGGCACCGCAUCACAGAGUCGGAAAACCACCCAUUCGGAUUCUCCAACCGCGAUUUCCCUGGUCGGGUUCACCAAGGAAUAUCGACCGUCAGCUUUUGCAAAGAUUCGAUCGGUCUUUACCAUAAAACAACCAAGUACUGUCCUUGCCGUGGACGACCUGAGUUUGGAUUCUGUUAAAGGCCAAAUCUUGGUUCUUCUCGGGGCUAACGGGAGUGGCAAGUCAACAACAUUGCAUGCAAUUGCUGGACUAACUUCGAUCACGUCCGGUGAGAUUACGGUCAAUUACCCAGAGGCAGGUACUGGACUAGGGCUGUGUCCCCAGAAGAAUGUCCUGUGGGAUGAUCUCACUGUGGAAGAGCAUGUCCGUAUUUUCAACAGAAUCAAGGGUGAGAAGCCGGCGGCCCAAGCCGAGAAUUUGCAGUUGCUCACAUCGUGUGACGUCGUGUCCAAAGCGCAUGCAAGAUCAAAGACAUUAUCCGGCGGCCAGAAGCGGAAACUACAGCUGGCAAUCAUGUUCACGGGCGGCUCGCGGGUUUGCUGCGUCGAUGAGGUUUCUUCCGGCCUUGACCCCUUGUCGCGACGAAAGAUAUGGGACAUCCUCCUCGCCGAACGUGGGACGAGGUCCAUCAUUUUCACUACCCAUUUCCUAGAUGAGGCUGAGCUGCUUGCCGACCAUAUUGCCAUCCUCUCAAGAGGUGUACUGAAAGCCUCCGGGACAGCUGUCGAGCUAAAACACAAGCUGGGCUCAGGCUACCGAGUUCACGUGUAUCGCACCCAUGACGCCCACCAGCUCCCAACGUACGACGAUGUUGAUCAUGUUCGGCACCAUGAUCAAACUAUAUACUCGUUGACCAGUUCUGCGAAGACAGCAGAUUUCCUUGCUCGAAUUGAGAACGAUGGAGUGGGGGAGUACCAGGUCAACGGGCCCACCAUUGAAGACGUCUUUCUGAAACUUGCCGAAGAAGUGAGCCCCUCGCCGAAUGAGUCCACUGCUAUCGACAAAGACGAAGUGCUACAAAAGAGCAGAAGCAUUCUGAGCAAUGAGCCCACCGUUGCCAAAGGUGCAAGAGUGGCUGUCGACCGGAAUCAGUCUCUAGGUGCUCCACGACUCCUCGAGGGACGUCGCAUCAAUAUGCCUCGGCAAGCUGCAGUACUUUUCUCGAAGAGACUCGUCGUCCUCCGUCGGAAUACUCUGCCCUAUCUUGCAGCGCUGCUGAUUCCCAUCGUCGCAGCGGGACUUGUCACACUCUUUCUUCACAACUUUGAAAAGGCUGGUUGUGACCCUCUUUCGGGCGUAACUAUUUCUGAUGUCACCUCCUUGUCAAGCCAGGCCAAUUACUCACUUGUCGCAGGUCCGCGAGACCGCCUCGGAGAAGAUGCGGUCCGCCUAUUUGCUACCUCACUUUCUGGUGCUGCGGGAGUUGCGGCCAAUACCACACGACUCCUAGAAUCUCUACAUCUCGUCGACACACUCGACGAUUUCAACAGCUACAUCCGCAACAAUUACUCUUCGGUCACUCCUGGUGGUCUCUUCUUGGGUAACGACAGUUCAGCACCCACCUUUGCCUGGCGAGGAAACGGUGAUGUGGCUUUUUCUGUCAUCAUUCAGAACGCGUUAGACACCAUUCUGAGCAAUGUCUCCGUCUCCAACCAGUAUCAAGCAUUCGACAUACCCUGGCCUACAGAUGCGGGAAAGACAUUGCAACUGAUCACUUACUUUGGCCUGGCAAUGUCCGUAUACCCCUCAUUCUUUGCCUUGUAUCCGACAAUCGAACGGCUCCGCCACGUUCGAGGCCUGCAUUACAGUAAUGGGGUCCGUCCCGCACCGCUGUGGCUAGCAUAUACCGCUUUUGAUUUCGUUAUUGUCUUGAUCACAAGUGCCGUUGCCGUCAUCAUCUUCCGGGCCGUCACCGGUAUAUGGUAUCAUAUCGAAUAUCUCUUUGUGGUCUUCUUUCUUUAUGGCCUCGCUUCGACGCUACUGUCCUAUGUCAUCUCGCUGUUCUCCAGGUCUCAGCUGGCCGCCUUUGCAUUCGCGGCUGGCGGUCAAGCGGUCAUGUUCUUGCUGUAUUUCAUCGCAUUCAUGAGCGUUUUGACCUACUCACCAAUUGACAAGAUCGACAGCUAUGUCAACAUUUGUCAUUUCACAAUCGCAACAAUCUCGCCGGUCGCGAGUCUAACGCGGGCUCUCUUUGUUUCUUUGAAUGUGUUCUCAAUCACCUGCCGAGGUCGAGCAUUUGCUUCUUAUGCCGGAUCAAUGACCACGUUUGGUGGUCCAAUCCUGUAUCUGAUCGUGCAGUCGUUCCUUCUGUUUGGGCUGCUUCUAUGGUGGGAUUCUGGUCCAUCUUUACGUAACUUCCGUGCAAAGCAACGGGAGGUAGAUAUUGAUGAGAAGGACACCGUGGACCCGGAAAUCACGAACGAGCUCACAAGAAUUUCAGCGUCCCAAGUCGGACUUCGCAUCCUUCAAUUGACGAAGCGCUUCGGAAAGAACGUCGCGGUGGACAACGUGACGUUCGGAGUACCCCGAGGUGAGGUCUUUGCACUUUUAGGACCCAACGGUGCGGGAAAGUCAACCACGAUUUCUCUGAUUCGAGGCGAUAUCCAACCAGACCGGCGAGGGGGGGAUAUUCUGGUGGACAAUAUCUCGGUCGUAGAACAUCGCGCACAGGCCAGGUCUCGCCUUGGGGUAUGUCCUCAAUUUGACGCGGUGGACACCAUGACUGUGUCGGAACAUCUUCAUUUUUAUGCGAAGGUUCGUGGAGUCGGCGAUCCUCGUCACAACGUGGAAGCGGUCAUGCGCGCGGUUGGCCUAGAAGAAUACGGAGAUCGCAUGGCGAUCAAGCUCUCCGGGGGCAACAAGCGGAAGCUGUCACUGGGGAUCGCUUUGAUGGGCAAUCCCAGUGUACUCUUACUGGACGAGCCAUCUUCGGGCAUGGAUGCGGCCAGCAAACGGGUUAUGUGGCGAACACUGGAGUCCAUGGUGCCCGGUCGGUCUCUGGUGCUCACAACUCAUUCCAUGGAAGAAGCGGAUGCUUUGGCGUCUCGAGCCGGUAUAAUGGCGGGGAAAAUGUUGGCUCUGGGCACGACGGAAUACCUUCGACGAAAGCACGGAGAUGCAUACUAUGUUCAUCUGGUGCAUCAGCGAGCGCCACAUGCCGCCGAAGAAGACAUGGUACGCAUCCGGAACUGGAUCCUGGGCAAUCUUCCCUCUGCGGACAUUGAAAGCAAAGUGUAUGCAGGGCAGAUCCGCUUCUCUAUCCCGACAACCGAGCAUGGCACGCGAGAGGGAGCCAACAUCCAUGGAGCGGGCAUAUCAGCUCUGUUCAGUGCUUUGGAAAAGAACAAAUCCGACCUCGGGAUCCAAUAUUAUAGCGUCAGUCGGGCGACGUUGGACCAAGUAUUUCUCAGCAUCGUGGGCCAGCACAGGGUCGAGGAAGAAGGAGGCUCGGCGGCCUUGCCUCAGUCAGUCAGCCUCACAACCGGCCUAAAGCGAUUGGGAUUGUGCAUCUUUGCCAAAUAA